AUGGAUGAAGCAAUCUAAAUCAAAUAAUAUAUAUUAAAUGACGGAUUUGAAGAGUAUGAUCAAGAUUAUCGUUUUAGAUUGUCACAACAACAUGUUGAAGAGGAAUCUUUAGAACAUUUAUACUAUUCCAUAAUGUAAUGCAAAUCAACUUAAGACGAGAAUGAUCCUAAUAAAAAUCAACCCUAGAAGGGAAGAAUCAACGAUAUGAGGUAUCAUCAUUUUCAUGUUUAUAUCUACUCUAGAUUCUCCUAUCUAGAAGAUAAGAGAAUUUUAGAGUUGGUCAUUUAACUUGGUCCCAAUUUCAAUAAAAUUGUAAAAUAUUUCCCAGGAAAAACUAUGAACAUGAUCAAGAAUCGAUAUUACAAAAAGUUAAGAUAUAAUAAGGAUGAGUAUUUAAGUGAUAAGGAGUUUUCGAAGACUAAUCAUAAAGGUAAAAAGAGCAAUUGAAGAUCCUUGUUAG